AGUUCAGUUCAGUUCCGUCUGUCGCACUCUCCCACCCUUAAUGAACCACUCACCUAAUCCUUUUUCGACCCGAUUCAGAUCUUUCCUUCUCAAUUAGGGUUCUGCCCUUCGAUUUGGUGCAUGGCGAGAUCCUUUUCCUCUUCGGCCUCCCUGUUAUGAUCUAACGACAAUGCCGCCGAGGGUUCCCUCGUUGGAGGAUCUCAAGGACUCGGCACCGGCGUCGAGGGCGGCGCAGCCGCGUGCCUUUCCCUCGCUCCUUCUCCGGGUCUUCCUCCCUCUCCUCGCCCUCGGCGUCGUCGGCUUCUCAGCACUCGGCAUCUACGUAACUUGGCAGAUCGGCUCCCUGCCCGCGGCCGCCAGCAGCGCUGGCGGUCCCCCCUGCUUCGAGGAAUCGCUUGGCCUCGACCGCUGGAUCCGGCCGCCCGUCAACCUGAUGCAUUCGAUGAGCGACGAGGAGCUGCUUUGGCGCGCGUCCUGGGCGCCUCAGGUUAGUAAGUACCCCUUCAAGAGGAUUCCCAAAGUUGCGUUCAUGUUCUUGACGAAGGGACCGCUGCCGCUGUCUCCUCUCUGGGAAAAGUUUUUCAGAGGAAAUGAAGGCCGUUACUCGAUCUACGUUCAUUCCCUUCCGUCUUACGAAGCCAACUUCACCUCCACUUCUGUCUUUUACCAGAGGCAGAUCCCUAGUAAGGUGUCUGAAUGGGGGCAGAUGAGCAUGUGUGAUGCUGAGAGACGGCUCCUCGCAAAUGCUCUACUUGAUAUUUCAAAUGAAUGGUUCCUUCUAUUGUCCGAGUCAUGCAUUCCGUUAUAUGAUUUCAACAUAACCUACCAAUACUUGAUGCGUUCAAGAUACAACUUUAUCGGGGUGACUGAUGAUCCAGGUCCAUAUGGGAGGGGAAGGUACAAUCCUGAAAUGGCUCCCGAGGUGAGCAUCGAACAAUGGCGCAAGGGUUCUCAAUGGUUUGAAGUGAACCGCAAACUGGCCAUCUACAUAAUUAAGGACACCAUGUAUUACCCGAAGUUUGAGAAAUACUGCAGGCCACAUUGCUACGUCGACGAACACUACUUCCCAACCAUGCUUUACAUCCAAUCGCCUAAUUUUCUUGCGAACAGGAGUCUCACUUGGGUUGACUGGUCUAGAGGGGGUGCUCACCCAGCAACCUUUGGCAGGAAAGACAUAACAGAAGCAUUUUUAAUGAAAGUUAUCGCAGGCAAAAACUGUUCAUACAAUGAUCAACUUUCAACAAUGUGUUACCUCUUCGCCAGGAAGUUUGCACCGAAUGCGCUGGAGCCUUUGUUACAAUUGGCACCCACCAUUCUCGGUUUUGGAUAGCUCCAUUUUUGGCAACAGGGGUCGUUCAGAGGUCAGCCAAAAACAUGAAUUGAUGGACUUUUUCAAUGAAUUUAAGUACUGAGAUUUUGUAAAACAUUUACUUUUUUAGUUUUGAAAUAGGUCUUAUUUUUAUUUUCAUUGUACAGCAACUCGGCUAUUAUUUUAUACACGCGAUAAAUUGAUUGGGUUUGGAUA